CUACACAGAGAUCUUACGUUACGCUCGCCACGCUGUGUUGUGUAACUCCUACAUUCGCUUUAAAACGUUUCUUUUUUUGUUUAAGUUUAUGUGCAUAGUUGUGUAACGUCGCAUUUUAUUCAGCGGUUUCAAAACCUGUACGUCAUUUUUGUUGUGUAAGGUUUUGGUAUAUGCUAGCUUACUUGGUCAUUAGUUGCACUUUGCAAGACCUAACGUUACACUGCAGACAUAAGGUAACUUUUUAGCAGCGCGUUAACACAGAAAGCGGCUGAAAUGAGCGGUAUUGUCAAAGAAGAGAAACGCAGUGUUUCGCCUCAUUGUCCCAAACCCAAUGAAUCCGAAGAGCCCGAGGGUACUUCAGUGGAGGAGCCCACGACAGAAAAAUGCCAUGACGGAGAGAUGAUCAUUACCAAAGAGAUGGAGGAAGAGGAGAAACACCUCAUGGAGGAGGGCGGGAAGAAAGAAAAGGAAAUGAUGGAGGAGGCUAGACAGUCAUGGCAGAAAGAUUCCCAAGAGAUGCGCUUCAAAAGACUUCAGCAUCUUUUGGAGAAAAGCAACAUUUACUCAAAGUUUCUGCUAACCAAAAUGGAACAACAGCAGCAAGAGGAAAAAAUAAAAAAAGAGAGGCUUAAGAAGAAAGCUGCCAGUCAAAGUGAAAAGGGCACCAAUAAAAAGACUGCCAAAGUUGAGAGAAAGAAGCGGGAGAGAGAAGAGGAUUACAAAAUUGCAGAUGUUAUGUCCAAAGAGGAAAUUCUCUCCAAGGCUAAAAAACCUAAACUGGAAGCCGAUGCUAAUGUAUCUGUUAAACUGGAAGCUGAGGAUAUAGAGAAGCUGAGCGACACGAACUCUGACAUUAAAGGGCGACUGUCUGAGGCUUUGCGGGAAAGCAGCAAGCAGAUGCUGGAUCAAAGAAAAGUCAACGGUCAGCCCGUUCCUGCACAACAACCUGAACUCUUUACUGGUGGGGUGAUGAGAUGGUACCAAGUUGAGGGCAUUGAAUGGCUUAGGAUGCUGUGGGAGAAUGGUAUCAACGGUAUUCUCGCUGAUGAGAUGGGUCUUGGAAAAACAAUCCAAUGCAUUGCACACAUUGCAAUGAUGGUGGAGAAAAAGGUUCUCGGGCCCUUCUUGGUCGUGGCGCCUUUGUCGACUCUUCCAAACUGGAUCAGUGAAUUCAAGCGCUUCACACCAGAGGUGUCUGUCCUGUUGUAUCACGGCCCUCAGCCUGAGAGGAUGAAAGUUGUAAAACAAAUGCGUCAACGCCAAGGUCCCCUAAAGAUGUGUCCUGUUAUUGUGACCUCCUUUGAAAUCGCUAUGAUGGAUAGGAAAUUUCUUCAGCGGUUACACUGGAACUAUUUGAUUGUGGAUGAGGGGCACAGGAUCAAGAAUCUGAACUGUCGGCUAGUAAAAGAGCUGAAGAUGUUACCGACAGAUAAUAAACUGCUCCUGACAGGAACCCCCCUGCAGAACAACCUAUCAGAGCUGUGGUCUCUACUCAACUUCCUUCUUCCGGAUGUUUUUGAUGACCUGAAGAGUUUUGAGUCAUGGUUCGACUUCAGCACCAUCACAUCGGAUGCAGAAAACAUUUUGGCCACUGAGCGGGAGAAAAACGUCCUUCAUAUGCUGCAUCAGAUCCUCACUCCCUUCCUUCUGAGAAGACUGAAGUCAGAUGUCACGUUGGAGGUUCCACCGAAGAAAGAGAUUAUUGUGUAUGCUCCUCUCACCAGCAAACAAGAAGAGUUGUACAGGGCUAUUGUCAACAAGACCAUAACAAAGCUACUGGGACAGGAGAAGAAUGAUUCAAGGCCUGUGCAGCUGACGUCAAGCGGCCGGCCAAAGCGCAGGACCAGGAGGCCUGUGGACUAUUCGGAGGAGGACACAGACUCUGCCACAGACUUCGAAAAAUACAUGGAAAGGGUUCAGAAGGAGAUGGAAAGUCAGGAAAGCUCUGGCCUAGUGAUGGAUGUUUAUAUGCCUGUUGAUGCUCAAAUCAACCUAAAACUUCAGAACGUACUGAUGCUGCUGAAAAGAUGUUGUAACCACGCAUACCUGAUUGAGUAUCCUCUGGACCCCGCCACAGGAAACUUUAAGAUCGAUGAGCAACUGGUCGAAACGUCUGGAAAGUUUCUGGUCUUGGACCGAAUGCUUCCUGAACUAAAGAAAAGAGGACAUAAGGUGCUGAUGUUUAGCCAGAUGACAUCCAUAUUAGAUGUGCUGAUGGAUUACUGUCACCUGCGGGGUUAUGAAUACAGUCGCCUAGAUGGGAGCAUGAGCUAUGCAGAUCGAGAUGAGAACAUGAAGAAGUUCUCCAAUGAUCCAGAGGUGUUCAUCUUUCUCCUGAGCACUCGAGCCGGCGGUCUUGGGAUCAACCUGACAGCUGCAGACACGGUCAUCAUAUUUGACAGUGAUUGGAAUCCUCAGGCAGAUUUGCAAGCCCAAGAUCGGUGUCAUCGUAUUGGGCAAACAAAACCCGUCAUAGUGUAUCGCCUCGUAACAGCGAACACCAUUGAUGAGAAGAUCCUCGAGAGAGCAUCUGCCAAGAGAAAGCUGGAGAAGCUGGUUAUUCACAAAAAUAAAUUUAAAGGCUCAAAAGCAGAACUCAAACAGACAAAAAGCUGCAUGGAUGUAAAUGAGCUGGUAGACCUGCUGAAAUCCAGAGACUACGAAAGGGCAGUGAAAGGCACUAAAGGAAAGGUCAUCGCUGACGCAGAUCUGGAAUUCUUACUGGACCGCAGCGAUUUAAUGGAUCAAGCCAAGAAGCAUGGAAAACAGGCGAAGGAUGGUGUGUUUAAGGUUAUCGAGUCCAAAGAUAAUGAAGACAUUAGUUUGUCCUGAACUGGUCGAUCAUCGUCUACGUGCACUAAGCGUUACCUGCUGGUUUUAUAGAAAGAGUGAUUCUUUCUACUGUUUUACAUUUUUAUGUUGAUCACUGCUGAGUUUAUUCAGUCCAUCCAUGUAGUUCUAAACCAUUAAGUAUGUUUAAAACAUGUUUUUUCCAGAUGUGAUGUUGUGUGGUGAUAGCAGUAAAGUAAAUACUGUUGCAUUUAACAUCUAGUUGACUGAAUAGAAACGUCUAGAGAGAUAUGCUCCGUUAAAGCACUUUGAAAUUCUGAAAUACUGUAGAAUUUACUUUUUUUUUUCUUCAGUUUCACUUGUCUUCAAAAUAAAUAUUUUCUAUGUGUUUUCA